AUGGAGCGAGCUGUGCCGCCCACGGUGCCUCUGGGUCAGGUGGAAGUGUUUCAGGCCCUGCAGCGGUUGCACAUGACCAUUUUCUCCCAGAGCUUCUCACCCUGCGGGAAGUUCCUGGCUGCGGGUAACAACUACGGGCAGAUCGCCAUCUUCAGCUUGUCCGCUGCUUUGAGCUCUGAGGCCAAAGAGGAAAGCAAGAAGCCCAUAGUGACCUUCCAAGCCCACGACGGGCCCGUCUACAGCAUGGUCUCCACGGAUCGACACCUGUUCAGCGCCGGGGACGGGGAGGUGAAGGCCUGGCUUUGGGCAGAGAUCCUCAAGAAGGGCUGCAAGGAGCUAUGGUGCCGUCAGCCCCCCUACAGGACCAGCCUGGAAGUGCCUGAGAUCAACGCUCUGCUUCUCGUCCCCAAGGAGAAUUCCCUCAUCCUGGCGGGGGGAGACUGCCAGCUGCACACGAUGGACCUGGAGACGGGGACCUUCACGCGGGCCCUCCGAGGCCACACUGACUACAUCCACUGCCUGGCCCUGCGGGAGCGCAACCCCGAGGUGCUGUCUGGCGGCGAGGAUGGAACCGUGCGGCUCUGGGAUCUUCGCACGGCCAACGAGGUCCAGACGAUUGAGGUCUACAAGCAUGAGGAGUGCUCCAGGCCCCACAACGGGCGCUGGAUCGGAUGUUUGGCGACUGACUCGGACUGGAUGGUCUGCGGAGGAGGCCCCGCCCUCACCCUCUGGCACCUCCGAUCCUCCACGCCCACCACCAUCUUCCCCAUGUGGGCACCGCAGAAGCACGUCACCUUCUACCAGGACCUGAUCCUGUCAGCCGGCCAGGGCCCCUGCGUCAACCAGUGGCAACUGAGUGGGGAGCUGAAGGCCCAGGUGCCUGGUUCCUCCCCGGGGCUGCUCAGCCUCAGCCUCAACCAGCAGCCAGCGGCACCCGAGUGCAAGGUGCUGACAGCGGCAGGCAACAGCUGCCGGGUGGACGUUUUCACCAAUCUAGGCUAUCGGGCCUUCUCCCUGUCCUUCUGA